AUGUCCAAAUCGCCCUCCACUCCAGUCCGAUACGAUGGAGCCCGGUCUUCACGUCAACCUGCGUGGGAUAAUGUUGACCAGGACGACUCUGUCGAGCUCACACUGCCCGAGUUUCACUUCCCUUGGCUUGGAGACAACACCACAACAGCGGGUGCUGCUGCAGCAGCGACGCCGUUGAGCACAACUGCUGUUGCCCUUGUCUCCCGGGAAGGCCGUGAAAAUAGGGCGAAGGCGCACCCAACAGCGGCUCAUCAGCGGUUGGAAUCUUCGUCUGUGAACUCGUCGGCCUCUUCUAGUCACAGACUCCCGCUGUCCGACAACUCGAUGGCGUCCGGAUCCUCCUUUACAAGUCCUCCCAGCGCUGCCCCAACACCACCCAGCGACUAUCACAGCGACUAUCGGAAGACAGCCAGUCGCAAGUCUCCCCCCGCUCCCAGAUACUCGGACGAAGCGGAGCCCGGCCGACCCAUGAGGCCAUCAGCUUCACGCUCGUUCCAGCGAGUUGUUUCUGCCCCUGUCUCGGGUUCGGCAUUCUUCGACCACGCCGAUGACGACGACGACCACGACCAGUAUAACGAUCCGGCGCAUCAACUUAAGAAGAGCGAGGAUCAGCGGUCUGGACCAGCCGAUCACGUUCGUGUCUCCGCCCCUCGCUCUGCGAACAUGGUCACCCCUGGUAUUGCCCAGAGAACAUUAGGAUCAUCGACCGCGUCUAGCCGUCGACUUGCUGGCCUUUCGCGCUUUGGAGGACCAGCCCGUCGAGUCGUUGCCCCACUUGAUCCGGAUGAGCUGGAGGAGGACGGUGUGUCUUCCGCGACCGAAUCUCCUCAUAACGCUUCAGACCUGCAUCAGCCCGAUACAUCGUCCCACCAACCCACAGGAUCAUCGUCAUCCACGGCUCGGCCAUUUGAACAUGUACCCUCGACCUAUGCAAUUCCUGAAAGCCACCCGUCUUUGUACGAAAUGCCACGACCUCUCGACACCAAGGAUCUCUGGCAAGAGCCACCACUGGGCCUGGAUGAACUCCGCCGACCAAAAUCACCACCACUGUCCACCUCAGACAGGGGCAACCGACCACUCCCACCUCCUCAGCAUGACGUUGGGGGAAAGCGCAAGGGUGACCUCGCCCUCGGUCAUGACGAGCGACAAGUUGGGAAUGGCCUACAGGAUGCCGUGUCCGUUCGAGUCGCAAGUGUGUCUCGCCCACCAGCCCAGGGUCAACUCCGAGCUUCGCGUCCAGCGCCAUCGAUACAGCCCAGCGUAGACAGGCCAUCUGCAUCUUCACCGGCCCCCCGUCCCGGCGAACAGUUGGCCACCUUCACCGCACAGCUCCCGCCAUCAGGCCAUGGAGUGCCCCCAUCGUUACCUCACGUUGCGACCGCCCCAGCACCUGCCAUGCCCGUUGCCCAACCUCUUCCUGCUGCUCCUCUGUCAAAGAGGUCAUUCUUGGUCAACGGCGUUCCCUACGAGCGUCUCGGCAUUCUUGGCAAGGGUGGCACAUCGAAAGUGUAUUCCGUUCUCUGCCCAACCAAGCGAGUCGUAUACGCUCUCAAGAGAGUUGCUCUGGAUCGAGCGGAUUCGGAAACAUAUCAGAGCUAUACCAACGAGAUUGAACUUUUGCGGCGCCUUCGAGGCCACGACCGCAUCAUUCAGCUCAUAGACCACCAGAUCACCUUCAACCAGUCCAACCGCCCAAAGAUGUUGAUGAUGGUUAUGGAGUGCGGCGAGAUCGACUUUGCAGGGCUACUGGACGAACAGCGAGGGCGACCACUGAACAUGAACUUUGUGGGAUUGUACUGGCAACAGAUGCUGGAGGCGGUUCAAGCAGUUCAUGCCGAAAAUGUGGUGCACACCGACUUGAAGCCUGCCAACUUUGUGCUCGUCAAGGGUCGAUUGAAGAUCAUCGACUUUGGUAUCGCUAAGGCUGUUGCCAACGAUACUGUCAACAUUCAACGUGAUCAGCAGAUUGGCACAGUCAACUACAUGUCACCGGAAGCGAUCCAGAGAAUGAAUAACCAAAAGGUGUUGAAGGUGCGUAGAUUCAUGCCUCGGCGGUGUACUGACAGCAACCAGCUCUCGUACCCAAGUGACGUCUGGUCUCUUGGUUGCAUUCUCUACCAGAUGAUAUAUGGCAGUCUACCAUUUCAACACGUUCAAGGCGGCCCGCUUUCAAGGAUGAACGCAAUUGCAGACCCAACUUAUCGGAUCGACUACCCUUCCGCAGCAGUCUCCAAGCCAUCGACCGCCAAUGGGCAGGCAUAUACCGUGACGGUUCCUCCAUUGGCGAUAUCUGCCAUGCGUAGCUGCCUAGAGUACGACAAGGAGCGCCGACUUACCAUACCGCAACAGUUGAGGCAUCCCUUCCUGUCUUCCAGCCAAGACGCCGCAGCAGCACCAGCUCUCCCGCCUGGUGCGACGUCAAUCACGAGGGACCAGAUGGCAAUGUUGGUCAACUUCGUCCUCCGCGAGAACAGGCUGCCAUCGUUAGGCCCACACGACUCGACCGCCGAGGACCUGUUCGCUCAACUUCAGGCUCAGAACUCUAUUUCUCAGACCUAG